AUGGACUAUUAUAGGAUUCUGGAAGAAUGCGACAUAGGAACCUUCCGUGAUAAGAUUGGUUAUUAUCUUGCUUCUCUUGAGACCAUUAUUAAAGCUGAAAAUAAACAAAAGACGCGAAAAAGCACAACAAUUAUACGAACAGACAAUAAUAAAGCUCCAAAAAGAGUAAAAAUUGAGGAUUUUUUUGCGCGGGAUACUCGAACAAAGGUUACUGAAACAUCCAGCGAAAAUGAGCAUGUGUCUUGGGAAAUUAUUGAAAAUGCUCUGGAAAUUCAAAAAACUAAUUUUGAAGAAAAAGAGGAGCUAACUGAAGAAGAGUUUGAAAAAAGCGAUGGCAAUGUUUCUGCACGUAAGGCGGAUGGUAUUCUUCUUAAUUAUGAGAAUAUUAGUCAAGAGUUUUUACUUUUUGAGAAUGUCGGCCCUCCAUCAAAGACAAAAAAUCCCAAGUAUAAAGGUGACCUUUUAAAAUGUUUCCGAAACUCUGUAGAUGCAAUAUGCAAAACUUUCUGGAAUGUAAACGGAGAUGUAGAAUUGGCGAGAAAGUAUUACGUAUUAACAUACGUGUUGUACAGGGAUAAAGGGGAACUGUUUAGAUUGAACAUGGGUGCCCCUAAAACCUUUGUUACUGAAAGGAAUUACACUAAUGUUUCUGUGUGUAGAUUAUUUUCGAAUCCAAUCUAG